UUUUAACACUUAUAUAUACAGGUAUUUCUCUUAUGAAAUGACUACAAAAAAUCUUUUUAAGUAACAAAGUUUGAACAAAAAUUAUUUUUUUUGUGUGAGAGCACCGUUAGCUUUUAACUGGUGUGUAAUUGUGUUUAUUGAAAGCGUGCACUGCUUUAUUGGACAGUCAUUUAGUAUAGUUUAUUGAAACAAUUUGGCCAUAAAAAUGUAUGUUUUCUCACAUUUAUUACUGUCCGUAAUAUUUGCAUCUUUAUUUAUAAAUCAAGUUUUGAGCUCAUUUAUUGCCAAACGACAAACCGAUGAGAAUGACGCCGAACUUUGCAAAGGCCGACCUCCGAGUGAAUACUUCCGGUUGACCGCAGAUGAGGACUGUCGCGAUGUCGUCCGGUGUUCUGUUCAGGGAUUGCUUGCACUUCGGUGUCCAUCUGGUCUUGCAUUUGAUAUCGACAAACAAACGUGUGAUUGGAAAUCAAAUGUGAAAAAUUGUGCCCAACUCGAGAAGCCUCGAUUGGCCACACCGUUGUUCGCCACCGAUGAUCCCAUCUGUGAGACGGGUAAACUUGCGUGUGGUAAUGGAGAUUGUAUUGAUAAGGAACUGUUCUGUAACGGCAAUCCUGACUGUGCCGACGGAUCAGAUGAAAAUGCUUGCACGGUCGAAAAAGACCCGAACAGAGCCCCUCCCUGUGAUCAAAGUCAGUGUGUCCUUCCCGACUGUUUUUGUUCCCCCGACGGCACACAAAUUCCGGCCAAAUUAGAGCCGACAAAUGUUCCGCAAAUGAUUAUGAUAUCAUUUGACGACGCCGUCAAUAACAAUAAUAUUGAUAUUUACGAAAAAAUUUUCAAAGACGGCCGCAAUAACCCCAAUGGCUGUUCAAUUAAGACUACGUUUUUCGUGUCUCACAAGUAUACUAACUACUCGGCCGUUCAGGAAAUGCACCGAAAGGGUCACGAAAUUGCCGCCCAUUCCAUAACUCACAAUCCAAGCGAAAAAUACUGGAGUGAAGCCAACCUCGAGACCUGGGCUAAAGAGAUGGCUGGAGUCAGGCUUAUCGUUGAGCGCUUCGCCAACAUUACCGACAACUCUAUUGUUGGCGUUCGGGCCCCUUAUCUGCGAGUCGGCGGUAAUAACCAAUUCUUUAUGAUGGAAGAGCAGGCUUUCCUUUAUGAUUCAACUAUAACCGCACCGCUCAGCAAUCCUCCUCUAUGGCCGUAUACUUUGUAUUUCCGAAUGCCCCAUAAAUGUCACGGAAAUGGACAGAAUUGUCCGACCCGUUCACACGCUGUCUGGGAAAUGGUUAUGAAUGAAUUAGACAGAAGAGAUGAUCCCAACUUUGAUGAAGAGUUGUCCGGUUGUUCAAUGGUUGACAGUUGUGCUAACCUUAUUACAGGCGACCAGUUUUACAACUUUUUGAAUCAUAAUCUUGACAGACAUUAUAAGACCAAUAGAGCACCGUUGGGUAUCUUUUUCCACGCCAGUUGGCUGAAACUUAAUCCCGAAUACUUGGACGCCUUUAUCCAAUGGAUUGAUGAGACACUCGACAAAAAUGAUGUCUACUUCGUCACAAUGACACAAGUGUUGCAAUGGAUGCAAUCGCCGACUGAGUUGACACAGAUCAAGGACUUUGCCCCGUGGAAGGAAAAGUGUGAUGUCAAGGGUCAGCCUCUGUGUAAUCUCCCGAACCACUGUCCAACGAGCACUCGAGAGCUGCCCGGAGAGACCAUCCGUUUGCACACUUGUUCCGAGUGUCCCCAGAACUACCCGUGGCUGGAGGACCCAACUGGUGAUUACUUUGCUUUUAAAAAGUAAACCGAGUCAUUAACAGUAUACAGUAUAUAUAGUAUAAAUUUAUAUAUAUAUA